CCGGCCGCGCAGCCUGGAGAAGGGACGUCGCGCAUUGCAGCAGCUGCGCCUCCGGAGGAGCUGAGCCGCGCUUCGCCUGUUGCCGCCCCGUCCCCACCACCGCUUCCUCUUCGCUCAGCUGUACAAAGGUUGUCUGGACCAUGGAAAAUUCCUCCAGCUCCUCUAGAAAUGAAGAUCGUGAUGAUCCAGAGUUACAGUGGGAUCGAGUGAUGACCGAAAAAGACUGGCUAAAUUGCUGGGAAACAAACAAUAUUGGAUUUCAUAAAAAGGAAGAACAUCAGUUCCUGAAGAAAUACUUGGAUAUUUUUGUCAAUGGCAGGAAGGAAUUAAGAAUAUUUUUUCCACUUUGCGGGAAAGCUGUUGAAAUGAAAUGGUUAGCUGACAUGGGACACCAUGUGGUUGGUGUGGAAAUUAGUGAAAGUGCAUUGAAGGACUUUUUCACAGAACAAAAUCUUUCAUUUUCAGAAGAAAUAGUUCCAGAAAUCCCUGGAGCUAAAUUAUUGAAGUGCACAUCUCUGAAUAUUUGUUUAUAUUGUUGCAAUCUAUAUGAUUUAACCAGCUCUGUCACUGGUCAUUUUGAUGGGAUUUGGGACAGAGGUUCUCUAGUAGCCGUUAACCCUUCUGAGAGAGAACGCUAUGCCCAGUUGAUACUAUCACUAAUGAACAGAAUGUGUCGUUGCCUUCUUGUUACUUUGUUGUAUGAUGCAAGGAAACACAAAGGGCCACCAUUCUAUGUUGCUGAUUCAGACGUGAAAAGUUUAUUUGGAAAAGACUGCGACAUUCAUUGUCUUGAAAAAGUCUAUAGUUUGGAAGAGCGACAUAAGAAGUGGGGUUUAGAUUAUUUAUGGGAGGUUUUAUACCUGAUUACAUUGAAAGAACCAAGAUGAUUACUAGACCUACCCCCUCGGAGGAUGAGGAGAACUACUUGGUUGCCAGACACCAUAAUGUUUCUGGACUGGGGAUCGAUCAUUCUUCAGAUACUUUCUUCGAUUAUCAAUAUCUCUGAGAAUAAUUUUCUUGAAAUUUGGAUAUUAGAGUGUGUCUUGUAUUUUUCUUAGAUUAAAUUCUAUAUUAAAUAUUAAUAAUUAUAUAUCAACGUAUAAUGAGAAAUAAUAUAGAGAAUUAAUUUAUUGCUCUACAGAGUGUAUCAUAAGUGUAUAUCUUAUUAAUGAAUUUGGAUCUUUGGGAAAAGGAUUUAGAAUGGUGAUUAAGAGGUGAGCAAAAGGUGAUAGGUUGAAUAUUGAAAAGAGAGAAACUAGAGGGAGCAUAUUUAUGGAGAAUUGUGGAUGGAGAACAAAGUUAAGUACAAAUCAAAAUCUAAAAAUAAUAUUUAAAUUACUGGAUGUUAAUUUGGGAUAACGUUUAUAAAAUUUUGAAAGAACAGAAAACAAAAUCUUAAAAGACAUGACAAGUAUCACUACAACAACACUGAAGGCUG